AUGCAAAAUCAAGGAUAUCAAGCUCUAGUAAAUCAGCCUAAGCAAGCCUUGCCUAAUGUGGAAGCACCGGCCUCGUCAAAUUUGGAAGCUUUGAUGGAAAAAUUGCUUAAGGCUCAUAUACAGCUUACAGAGAGGGUGGAUCAAAUAAGUGCCCACAAUAAGAUGUUAGAAAAUCAGUUAGCAAAUCAAGCUUCUACCUCCAGUACUAAAGUCACGGGGAAGUUGCCUGCUUCCACCGAAAAUCCAAGAGAACACAUGAAUGCCAUCACUACUAGGAGUGGAAAGCAACUACUGGAUCCUCCGUAUCCCAACAGUGAACAAUUUGUCAAGAAGAAUCUGGAAGCUGAGAAUGAGAAAGUGAAUGAAGAUGUUAUUGCCCAAGACAAGGAAGAUGAGAUACAGGAAAUUGAGCCCGUGAAGAAGCAUAGGAGAUCUGAAGAUCGUGAGACAGUAGCAGUAAGUGAAGAAUGCAGUGCCUUAAUUCAAAACAAGCUUCUUCCAAAGCUUAGGGAUCCUGGGAGUUUCUCUAUCCCUUGUGUUAUUGGAGGAUCCCUUGUUGAGAGAGCCUUAUGUGAUUUAUGGGCAAGUGUGACUUUAAUGCCCUAUUCUUUGUGCCAAAAGCUGUAA